GGCUGUGCAUCUCACGCUCUUGCUAAAUGGCGUUGCUGGCGGGUAGGUUGAACCCGAGGAGUUGGCGGGGCGAUGUGCAGCGACUUUCGCAGGGCAGAAUCCGGGACGGAGCUCCUUGCCCGACUUGAAGGCAGAAGCUCCUUGAAAGAACUAGAGCCCAGCCUGUUUGCUGAUGAAGAUUCACCAGUGCACGGUGAUAUUCUUGAAUUUCAUGGUCCAGAAGGAACGGGGAAAACAGAAAUGCUUUAUCAUUUAACAGCCCGAUGUAUACUUCCAAAAUCAGAGGGUGGACUGCAAAUAGAAGUCUUAUUUAUUGAUACAGAUUACCACUUUGACAUGCUGCGGCUUGUGACAGUUCUUGAGCACAGACUCUCGCAGAGCUCGGAGGAAGCCAUCAAGCUGUGUCUGGGCAGGCUGUUCCUGGCGUACUGCAGUAGCAGCAUGCAGCUGCUGCUCACGCUGUACUCGCUGGAAGCCCUGCUGUGCAGUCACCCCUCUCUCUGCCUGCUCAUUGUGGAUAGCAUGUCAUCCUUCUACUGGAUAGACCGAGUCAGUGGAGGGGAGAGUGUGACCCUGCAGGAGUCAACACUGAAGAAGUGUGCUCAGCUCCUGGAGAGGCUCGUCACCGAGUACCGCUUGCUGCUGUUCGCAACAACGCAGAGUCUGUUGCAGAAAGGCUCAGACUCAGCAGAAGGGCCUUCUUCCUCCAGGCCCCCGUGCGAUGGAGACGUGGACUACAGAGCCUAUCUCUGCAAGGCCUGGCAGAGGGUUGUGAAGCACAGAGUCCUCUUCUCUAGAGACGAUGAGGCCAAGAGCAGCCGGUUCUCAUUAGUUUCACGACAUUUAAAAAGUAACAGUUUAAAAAAACACGUUUUUAUGAUUAGAGAAAGUGGGGUGGAGUUUUGUUGAUCUGUAUCAUCAGAAAGGCUUUCGGUGCACUAAGGCAAGUCUUUAAAGUCUUUUAUAGGCUAAAGUGGUUUGAUUCUAAAGGUUUUGAUUCUGGGGAAAUUAAUAUAAACAGUACAGGAAAACUCGAAGCUGCUCUGUCCCCUCCAGGGUGGGGAAGGUCAAUCAGAACUGAACUCCACUGAGCUUGUUUUGAGGCUCAGUGCAUGAUACAC